AUGGGUGAACAACCACCUAAAAAGGACAACAACGAUCCAGUCGACCCGGACACAUUGGCAGACGACUUUGAUGAGAAGGCGGCCUUGCAUUCCAAUGACGCUGUGAGUGGCAACCACCAUGACCAAGAGCUUGAUGAGAAAGCAGCGCUUCACCAAGAACAUCAAGAUGAGCUCGACGCUCUUUUAUCAGACUCUUCACCACCCACAUCGAGGCCUGAAAGCCGUAGUCAAGAGGAUCACGAAGCUACCAAGCCCAACAACGAGGAACUGCAGCACAUCUUUAAUCAGUUUGAUGAAACCGACGACGACGAUCAUCCCGAUGACAAUAAUAGCCAAAAGCGUAUCAGCACCAGUGGCGAUAGCAACAAUACAGAUGUAUCGUCGGGACGACGGCCUUCAUUAGCGGAUAUCAAACGCACCGCCGACGAAACAAAGGGACGCGAGCGACAAGAAAUUCCUUUUGAUUUCAAUCGUUUCCUUGAACAAAUGCGUCGUCGUAGUGCUACGCCCAUCAAACGCUAUUUCAAGAGUUUCCUACAAGCCUUUGAUCGACGACCUUGGGCUGUCAAUGAACAAAUCAAGAUCAUCCAAGACUUUCUAGACUUUAUUUACGUAAAGAUGCGUGAAUGCGAGGUUUGGCGGAACGUCUCGGAACAGGAGUUUGAGAAUGCCAAAGAGGGAAUGGAAAAACUGGUGAUGAAUCGCUUGUACCACGCUACCUUCACCCCGAGUACCACCGAUGACAAAGAAAGAGACGAGAUUUUACAUCAAAAGAUUAGCAUCUUCCGAUGGAUUCGAGCUGAACAUCUUGAUAUACCCGACACAACACACAAUGAAUCGUUUCUCACAUUUGCAGAGUCAGAGCUCCUCAAGAUAAACAACUACAAGGCACCCCGUGAUAAAUUGAUCUGCAUUCUCAAUUGCUGCAAGGUCAUUUUUGGUCUUAUAAAGCAUGUGGAUGGUGAAGGUGGUGCAGACAAGUUUUUACCCAUCUUGAUCUAUGUGGUCCUCAGAGCAAAUCCCCCACGUCUUGUAUCCAAUGUCCAGUAUAUAUCUCGCUUCAGGAAUCCAGAGCACCUACAAUCGGAGUCUGGUUACUAUCUCACCAAUUUGUUGGGCUCUAUUACGUUUAUUGAAAGCAUGGAUGCCAAUUCAUUAUCGAUCACAAAGGAAGAAUUUGAUGCGAAUAUCGAGAGGACAAUGGCGGAAUUGGAGCAAGAGCGUCCUUCAGUGUCACAAGACAAGCAAAAGAUCAACUAUGAGAAUGCGCUACAUCCUUCGAGAUCACCCCAGGCACAAGCACAACCAUUGAUUGAUCCAGUGAAAGCAGCAGCACUUAUCGAAAAAGGCAGCAGCUUUGCUCAAAAGACGAUGCAAAAGCCUCUCAAUUUUGUGGGCAAGAUCUUUCAAGGUUUGAAUGAAGGAGGUAGUAGUGGUGAAGAGGAACAUCAACCACGACAAGGUGACUAUUAUGGCGGCCAACCCGUGUAUCAAAAUCAGCCGUUGCCACCGACACCUCCUCAAGGACAACAACAUCACCAACAACAACAACCAUAUCCAUCACCCAACAGUAUACCACAUCUUCCACCUCGUCCCUUACCACCAGAUCCACGUGCGAUUGAAGAUGCACGACGCGCCUUUGAUGAGAAUUUACAAUCGAUCAUUACAAUGUUCCCCAACGUUGAGCCUGAUGUUUGCUUUAUGAUCCUGCAAGCCAAUGAUGGACAAGUAGGACCUACCAUUGAUACGUUGUUGGAGAUUGCGGAUCCUCGAGACACUGACAAGUCGAAUACUGCAGCAGCAGCAGAGGAUGGUUUUCCAGGCACCGAGGCUGUAUUGCAAAUGUCAGCAGAACAAGCGCGUAACCAAUCCCCAUCAUCGAAUGGCAAACCCGAAGAUAAUAAUGAUGAGCUGAUAAGAUUGUAA